AUGUAUCCCAAGGGUUGCACAAUGGACAACUGAUUAAUACUAGUAGAGCAAAAAAAGAGUAAGGUACAAAAGCCUUUGGAUGGCCAGAAGAGAAAUCAUCAACAAGUUGAUACAGAUUCAACAAAGCAGAAUCACUAAAAAAAAAGUUUCCAUGGGUGAAUUGGUUUUACAUAAAAAAGGGUCACUACAGCAAAAGGACAACCUCCAACAGAAUAUAAAAAUUUCCCUUUUUAUCGCAACACGCAAAUCAGGUGUAGGAAAAAGAAAGUCUUUUGUUAUUGAAAAUGAUCAGGAGGACGAAGAAGGUGACACGAGAUUUCAUGACCCAAAUGAUGUUGAAAAUGAUGAUAUUGAAGACACAGAGCAUAUGGUACAUGAAAGUAAUGAAAACGACGAUAAUGAUGACAUAGAUGAUGACAUAGAUGUGGAUGAAGCUAAUGAAGCAGGACAUGGUUUCGAAGAUGAUGGAGAUGAAGACAUGAAUGAUAGCGAGAAUGAUGUGGAAUAUGAGAAUAAUGAACUUGGCCAAGAAGAUCAUGCAGGUACUCAACUAUUAAAAAAAAUGUUUAAUUUAACUAAUAGAUUGUGUUUUUGGUUGGUUUUGUAA